AAAAAAACUACCCCUGCCAUCGCACCAACAGUGAACCACAAUCCACUUUCCAACCUCCACAACCCACCUGACCGUCGUCUCCACCAUCUCUCUGGCUUCGCACUACUUUUUCGGUAACGAUUCCACACGAUGAUCCAUCGUUGCCUCUCUCUCUCUCUCUCUCUCUCUCUCUCUCUCUACCCAAACAUCUUACCACCACACAUCGUCACUGACACCACCGUCGUUGCUGCCCCCACUUCCGCCAGCAACCGGCGCCCAAGCGUUGAUGGUAUCCCUGGUAUGGUCCUCACUGGAAAAGGAUCAUUAAUCUGGCCAUUGCACCACAAACCGCCUCAGAGCGCCUCUUAUCACCGUCUCCAAGCAUUAUCUGCCCUCGCACCGAUCGGACGCUUGGCAUUUGAUUGUUGGUUGAAAUCCACCACCCAUGUAGGGAAAUCAAUAUUACUAAGCCUUGAAAUUGUUGAUGGCUUGGAUUUUACAUUCAGAUGUUGUUUGGUUUAUAAAGGUAUAUGCAGGUUUGUGCAUCUGUGGGAUAAUAACAAGUACCCACAGUAACAAGUGAGAGUUGGUAUCAACAUCUACAGGGGUGUGUAUAUUUGUGUAUAUUUCUGGUCUACCAAUUUUUAUAAUUAAC